CCCCUUCGGCAGCGUGAGGGGGAGAAGCUGCGAAGAGACAGAGAGGAGCUCGCAGAGGACAGCGGUAGAGAGAAGCUUCGUGUCUCGUGACGUGCUCUGAAGCCUCUUUGGGCUAUAUAGGAAAAUUUUGGAAAAAGGAGGAGGAGAUUUUCGGAAUAGGAAACAGAGCAGGAGAGAACAGAUGCCGAAGAGAAAAGAAGGGUGCUUUAAAUUUGAGAGAAGAAUUUGAAACUGAUGGGAUUAGAGUGAAGGAUCGAAACAGAGGUGGUUCGGUGAGGGUGUUUCCGGAUCUUAAGGAAAAGACAAAGCAGAGAACUUGAGCGAAGCAGAGGUGGAACAGGCGUGAAUUAUAGUAGAGCCACACACAUCACAAGGGUAAGAUUCAAGAGGUAGAGUAGCACUAGAUGGAAGUUUUAGAGUCAAUAAUGGAGGAAAUCACCAUAGGAGGAGAGGAAAAUGAGGAAAAGCAUGAAUCUCGGAAGAGGAAGUGCAGUAAUAGAAUCCAAGGGGAUGAUUCUCUUAUCUCUGAUAAGCUCGACAACAGAAUAAUUCGAUCAUUGACGAAGCCAUCUUAUCUUCUAGGGCUUGGCCCUCGCUCGAAGAGCUUUCGCUGGGAGCAUCGUGAGAGGUUGCGCAAGAUCCUGUGUGAACUCUUGGGUCAACACAAUUGGAAAGAGGCAAGCGGUGUGCUAAGCGUUCUAUUACAGGGUACUAAGAGAGAGAAAUGUCCUCUAUUGAACCGUUUUAAGUAUUCGGCUGCAAUGGAGCUUCUCAAGUAUGUACAUGGUGAGAAUGUCAACCCAUUACGGAUGAAGAACAUAUACGAUACUUGGAUUAGCAGGACAAGUUCCAGGAAAGAUGUACCCAUAGAGGAUAGAUCUUUGGUUUAUUUGGAGCAGAUUCUUUUCUUUCUUUUGCAAGGGGAUGAGGAGGAUGCAUCUCAGGCUGCAUCCAGCCUGAUGCAGCGUCAUGACUUUGAGAACCACCCUUUGUCAUAUAUGGUUUUGGGCUUAACUUUCUAUCAGCUGUGGUACUCUAAAUUCCUGAAGGAGAUUAAUUGUGAAGAUGCUGGUCAACUUGACAGCCCUAGUCAAUCCAACACGUCAGGAACUAGAUUCAGCAAUCAAGUUGGGUCAAUUUACAGUCAUGAAACUAGGACUAUCAUGAGACAUGAUUCAGAAACCUCCAUAAUGAAUGACAAAAGGAUAUCCAUGGAGUUCGAAAAGAACCAAGACAGAGCAGUUUCUAUGGACAAACUGGAGAGAGAGAAUCUCCCACAACUCAGCAACCCAUUUGGCUUUUCUGUGUCCUCUGAUGAAAAUCCAGGCUCUUUCCAUAGUAAUGUGGCUCAUAAAUAUGAUGCUUCUUUUUUCUCUGUUCUUGAUGGCCUUGCUUCAUGGUUGUUGCCCUUGCGAUUACCUCAAAAUCCUGAGUACCAUAUGCAAAUGCUUAACGAUCCUUAUUAUAAGGAUGCCGUGAAGCAUCUGCGACUUGCUCUUUAUUCAGUGCCUCCUAUAUUGGCCGCCUUACAUCCUCUAAUUCAGUUAUUGCUAAUUGGAGGUCAAAUAGACAGUGCAAUGAAUGAAGUUGAGAAGUUCUGUCAUAAUUCAGAUGCGGCAUUUGCUUUUAGAAUAAGGACUGCUAUUCUUGAGUGUUUCAACCACAAUGAUCCUAUGCUUUCAAAGUAUUAUGAAGACAUAUUAAAGAAGGAUCCAACAUGCAAUCAUUCACUGGAGAGACUUGUCAAGAUGCAUCAAGAUGGGGACUAUAGUGCAGAAUCCCUACUGGAAAUGAUAGCUCUGCAUUUGGAUGCUAGCCAUGCCGAAUGCACCAUAUGGAAAGAAUUUGCUUCAUGCUUCCUUAAACUCUCUCUGCGUGAUGAGGAUACUCUAUCAGCAUGUCUGGAUGGCAAUGAUGGAGUGCAAAAGCAGCGGUUUUCCGUCCGUUACAAUAGGACACCAGAAAUAUUUACUGAGAGGAAAUCAGGAAAGGCUUGGAGGCUAAGAUGUAGGUGGUGGCUGAAGCGUCACUUCAGCAACAACAUGCUUGCAUCAGAAAUUGUAAGAGGUGACAUGCAGCUCCUAACGUAUAAAGCAGCAUCGGCAUCCCAUAUGUAUGGACAAGAGUUCGGCUAUGUUUUAAAGGUGUACAAUUUGUUAGAGAAUCAAAACGAUAGGGACUUGUUCAUGUUCUUGAAGAUGCACAUGCUGUAUUCCAUUAGAAUUCAGCAAAGCUUGCAACAGAGAACUACUUUAUGAAUUGUUGUUUCAGUUAUUUAAUUAAAUUAAUUUUAUGCA